AUGGCCCCGGAAGUUCAAAUUGCUUCUAACCUGGACCAAGGCUCCAUCAACAGUGGUAUUUUUAAGAGCCUCGUCAAGAGCAUAAAUACGCUGGCUUCGAGUCCCGACUUCCGCGCCAUAUCUUCCAUCUGUGAUGAGAUCACUCAUCUACGACAACAGCUACAGGAAAAAGAUGAAAGCCUAAUCAAAAAGGAAACGGCCAUUUCUGAAAUGUUUGCCGCUAAUGAGAGAGAAAAGGCGAAGCAAAGAGAGACCGACUUGCAGGUGGAAUCCCUCAUGAAGACGAUCCAGAAGAAAGAAGACGCUCUCGUGAAACAAUCCGAAGAGACGAAGAAGCUCCAAGUGCAGAUUAACGAGGCCAAAUCUACUGCCGUGGAGGAAGCGAAGAAUCUCGCGCGGUACAGGGAAGACAUCAAUGCCCUACAGAAGAAAUUGAAGGACUGCGAAAAGAGCGUCGACAAGAUAAAGGGGGACAAUUCGAAUCUCAAGGAAACACUGUCGGCGACGAUGAAGAAGAAUAAAGAGCUGGAGAGUGAGAAGCGUUCACUGAGCAAGACUCUAGAAGAUACCCAGAAACGUCUUCAAACCCUGGAAGGUUUCACUGUCAAACGGCCAGACGUGAAAGAAGAACAGAUAGUCGAUGGCUUCGCAAAUCUCUGGGUUCAUGCUGCAAAAGAGGUAUACUCCCAUCUGGUGAAGGAUUUCAAGGAGGAAGUCCUGCAGGACAGUAAGCUCUGGGUCGAAUUUCGAACGAAAACCGAUCUCAAACUGAGACACCAUGUACCCCUUCACGCUUCAAACUCUCCAUCGGCAAAGAUAAUGCGUCUUGCAGUCAUCCUAGGCAUCCUGUCGAGGGAGAUCGACAAGCACAUUUUCCAGCCGACGUAUAUUCUGUCGGAUGAUGAAAAUGCUCAGCUUCGACACAUCCUCAACUACCUUGCAGAGAGUGAGCAUGAAAAGGAAUAUUUCUGCCGAUCGAUGCUUCUCUCUAUUGAUUCCGACACGAAGAAGACGCUACAUUCGAAGACUCAGCUCAUUGUCCGGACCGUGUCAUCGUACCUCUACGACUUCCUCUCGGAAACCCAGUACGGUGACCUGAGGACAAGCCUGGAAAAGGUCGUGAAAGAGGCUAUCGACGUUUGGUCGCCUAUUCAGCGGUCUGAGAAGAGAUAUGAGCCUGACUUCGAGCCUCUCCAGUGGAAAGACGAUGAAUGGGAGCUAUUCGAUAUUCUGGGACGAGAUUCGUCUGAGUAUCAGAGUGUCCAGGGUGUUUCAGACGACGUCCUGCUCACUGUGUUUCCGCGUAUCUCUUCGGUGAGAGGUCGCGAGCGUGUGCCAUUGACCUAUGUGGUACAGCUCAGGAAGGCUCAGAAGAUGUGCAUUAGGGCUCAGGAGGAGAUGAAUCAGAUACCGGCUAGCCCAACUGCUGGCCGAAGGGCGUCAAACCGUUCGAGGAGAAGGUCUAUUGCUCAAGCCAACGGUCACCCAAACGGGGCUGUUUUAAAAAACGCUUCGUGA